CUAUCAGUUAUUACGCAACUCUUAUCGGUUUCCAAUAAAUAUCGGUUGUUCAUAUAAUCUUACUAUACCUUUCUACACUCUCUUCCACGUAAAAGAGCAAGAUGCUGUUAUAUUCUGUAGCGUUUGCCGGAUUUUUUUCCGUAGUACUUUCUAAUGGACACUCCAAACCGAAGAGUCUAAGUCAAGAUCAAUAUAAUUACAUCGCUCAAGAUGUGGACAGGAGCUUUGAUUUGGUUGAUGUCAACCCUAAGGACGGCAGUCUACAAUACCAGGAGCUUAGCAUGGCAUUCGCUUAUAUAGACACUAAUAACGAUGGCGUGCUAUCAUUUGAGGAAUACCUCAAGGUUACAAGCUCUGAACCAAUUCAGCGAGACAUCUUCAACCACUACGAUACAAACAGAGAUGGAGUCCUUCAGAAAACAGAAUAUGUUGACACUCCAUUCAGGGCAAUGGACCCCAAUGGGGACUACGUAGUGACAAGACAUGAUUAUGUUAACUUCUACACCAAUGUUAUAUAUAAUAUUCUACAGCAGCAGCCGCAGCUCGGACAGAUUGGACGUUAGGGAUCCUUUACACAUGGACUGUGUUUUACUAAAGAACUAACGACUUACAACCAACAUUAUGAAUACUAAUUAAUCACAAACUAUUCAAUUUUUUGUUCUUUCAUCUGUGAAGUAUAAUUAUGGAUAUCAAAAAUGUUGUAAAAAAAUGGUUUUAAUAAAAAUUUGUUCCUUAAAGAUUAUUCCAUUAAACUGAAUAUGUUUACGACUUUGUCGUAAGCUCUUUUGUAGAACGCAGUCCAUACACUUAAAAUAAAAUUAUGAAUUCAA